CCGCUCUUGAGGUCCUCUUUUAUUACCAAAACAAAAAUAAAACAAAACAAGAUAAAUCUUGUGGUGUCUAACUAAUGACGUUGGAAUUGUUUUGUGGUAUCGUUCGUGUUGUGUUGUGCUGUGUUUCAUCAUUCAUGGCUUCUUCUACAACUCCCACACUCCCUCUGGCUUUCCCCCAGCGACAUCACUCUGUUUCUCACCGUCAAGUUCUCUUCUUCGCCAAAUUCAGUAACAAAGUUUCGCUCUCUUCUUCUGUGGCUUCGAAACGGAGUUGUAAAUCAAAGUGCUUUUAUGCAAAAGUGCAAAACGCACUCAACGAGGAAGCGGUUGAAACUCAGAGUUCGGAGUUGGAGGAGGAUACCCAAAGUACCCCUUCUUCCUCCAAACUGGUCCUUGUUGUUGGUGGCUCCGGAGGCGUUGGGCAGCUGGUAGUAGCAUCACUGCUUCAGCAGAAUAUUAAGUCACGGUUGAUACUUAGGAAUCCUGAGAAAGCCACAGAAUUGUUUGGUGAACAAGAUAAGGAGAAACUGCAGGUAUUCAAAGGAGACACAAGGAAGCAGGAAGAUUUGGAUCCAUCAAUAUUUGAGGGUGUCACACACGUGAUUUGCUGCACAGGAACAACAGCUUUUCCUUCAAGGCGGUGGGAUGAUGAUAAUACACCAGAAAGGGUUGAUUGGGUGGGACUAAAGAAUCUAGUAUCUGCAUUGCCUUCCUCAGUGAAGAGAGUUGUUCUUGUGUCAUCAAUAGGUGUGACCAAGUUCAAUGAAUUGCCAUGGAGCAUUAUGAACCUAUUUGGUGUCCUGAAGUAUAAGAAGAUGGGGGAGGAUUUUCUUAGGAAUUCUGGCCUUCCAUUUACCAUAAUCAGACCUGGAAGGUUGACAGAUGGGCCAUACACAUCUUAUGAUCUAAAUACUUUACUCAAAGCAACAGCUGGACAACGACGAGCAGUCCUUAUAGGUCAAGGAGAUAAACUAGUGGGAGAGGCCAGCAGAAUAGUGGUUGCUGAAGCUUGCGUGCAGGCACUAGAUCUUGAAGUCACUGAAAACCAAGUAUAUGAAGUUAACUCUGUUGAGGGGGAAGGUCCUGGAAAUGAAGCUAAGAAGUGGCAAGAAUUAUUCGAGGCUGCAAACUCCCGCUAAUUGGACUACCAAUGAACUUUUAUAGCAUUUCAAGCCAUGUGUGCCAAUUACUCCCCAAUAUACCAAACACACUAAAGAAAACAUGUCUAAAGGAGGAAAAGAAGAAGAAAAAAGAGUAAGUCUAAAGUAAGAAAUCAGCCAAAAAAAGAAAGAAAUGUUGGAUCAUUUUGCUUUCUUACUAUUAUAAAUAUUUUUGGCAAUGUUAUUUGAUACGAAUUAGUUGAUAAAUUAGAAAAAUAAUGGUAUACAUAUUUGGUUUAGAAAAGAAA